AUGUUCUCCCUGCUUUUCUUCUUCCUGCUUUUGCAGCUGCUAUUCUCUGUGGGCAGGGAGCAAGGGACUCCAUGCUGCCUAAAAAGGACUUUCAGCCCAACAUAUUACAGAGAUGGAGAUCUUGUUGUUGGAGGAUUUUUUCCUUUAUUUAUUCAUAAAGUAAGCACAUUUAAAUAUUGGAAAAUGUUUUGGUUUCACCCUCAAAACAAUAUCAAAGACUCUCAAUGGCUGCCCAAAAACUAUUAUCAGGUUCUAGCCUUCAUGUUUGCUGUAAAAGAGAUCAAUAGGAACCCUAGUCUAUUACCCAACAUUACUCUGGGAUUCCACAUCUACAAUGCCUAUCACAGUGAUGAGAGGACCUUGGAGAGUUCCCUCAUGUGGCUGUCAGGCCAGGGACAGACCAUUCCAAAUUAUAGCUGUGAGAAGGGGAAGUCGGUGGUGGUCAUUGGAGGAGCCACUUCUCAUUUAACUAUCUCCAUGGGAAGCCUACUGGAGCUCUAUAAGUUCCCACAGAUCAGCUAUGGUCUCUUUGAUCCACUCCUAAGUGACCCACUUCAGUUUCCUUCUGUUUAUCAGAUGGCCCUGACAGACACCUCUCUUGUACAUGGCAUGGUCCGAUUAAUGCUGCAUUUCAAAUGGACCUGGGUGGGUCUUGUUGCCUCAGAUGAUUCAAGAGGUGAGAAAUUCCUCAGGAACCUUCAAGAAGAAAUGGCCAGAAAUGAUGUCUGUGUGGCCUUUAUAGAAAAGAUCAUCACUGGUCAGUCAUUAAAUAUUGGCUUAUAUCAAAGUUUUGUCAGCAGAAUAUUAUAUUCUACUGCCAAAGUGAUUGUUAUUUCUGGAGAUACAAAUUCACUUCUGAGUCUGAUGUUUACGCCAGAUCCUUAUAUCUUUGUAAGAAGAGUGUGGAUCACUACCAGUCACUGGGAUAUUGACAAAAAACCCGGUUAUAUCUAUUUUGAUAAUUUCCAUGGGGCUCUGAUAUUUUCAGACCAGACAAGUAAGAUUCCUGGAUUCAAACAUUUUUUGAAAACCAUUCAUCCUGCCAAAUACCCAGAGGAUCUCUUCCUUAAAAACUUCUGGAACUCGGCUUUUGGGUGUACAUAUAAACAUGGAGAGGCAGAUGAAGGGGUCUGUUCACCAAAUGCUUCUUUAGACACUCUACGUUUGAGCUAUUUAGACAUCACAAUGUCUGAUCAAAGUUAUACUGUCUACAAAGCUGUGUAUGCUGUGGCCUGGGCCCUUCAUGAAAUGUUCUUUGUGAAAUCAGAAAUGGAAUCCAAUAUAGAUGGAGAUAAAAGAGUUUUUCACCCCUGGAAGCUCCAUCCCUUUCUGAAGAACCUUCAGUUUAAUGAUAGUGCUGGGAAUCUGGUGGUCUUGGAUAAGAAGAGGAACUCUGUGGCAAACUAUGAUAUUCUCAACUAUGUGAUCUUUGGUAAUGAUACCGAAGUCCUGGUGAAAGUGGGAGAGUUUAUACCUCAGGCUCCACUUGGCCAAGAUUUCAUCAUUCAAGAGAAGGCAGUAGUGUGGUCCACAGAGCAGAGAAAGCCUCCUCAGUCCAGAUGCAGCAUAAUCUGUGGUCCUGGAUUACAAAUGAAAGCCCAGGAGGGAAAGCCUAGAUGCUGUUUUGAUUGUACCCCUUGCCCAGAGGGGCACAUUUCCAACCAGACAGAUGCAGAUCGAUGUGUAAAAUGCCCUGAAGAUCAACAUCCCAAUCAGGAGAGGAAUCAGUGCCUCUCCAAAGUGGUGACCUUCCUGGCCUAUGAAGAGCCCUUGGGGAUGGCUUUGGCUUCUGUAGCUGCUGGCUUGUCUCUCCUCACAGCUCUGGUUCUCUGGGUCUUUGUGAGACACAAAAACACCCCCAUAGUCAGAGCCAAUAACCGGGAUCUCAGCUACAUCCUCCUCAUCUCCCUUAUUCUCUGCUUCCUCUGCUCUCUGCUCUUCAUUGGCCGCCCAACUGCAGCCCAUUGCCUUCUCCGACAAACAACCUUUGGAGUCAUGUUCACAGUGGCCGUCUCCUCGGUUUUGGCCAAAACGAUCAUUGUGGUUCUAGCCUUCAGAGCCACCAGACCAGGCAGCAGGGGCAGAAAAUGGAUGGGAAGCAGAGCCCCCAUUUCUGUUAUUCUCUUUUGCACUUUGAUACAAGGUAUGCUCUGUGGAGUCUGGCUGCUGCUUUCUCCCCCUUUCCUAGAAGCAGAUACACACUCUGACCAUGAGCACAUCAUCCUGGGAUGCAAUGAGGGCUCUCUCAUUGCCUUCUAUUUUGUCCUGGGCUACAUAGGAGUCUUGGCCCUGGCAAGCUUCGCCAUGGCCUUUUUUGUCAGAAAUCUCCCUGACACGUUCAACGAAGCCAAGUUCAUCACCUUCAGCAUGCUGGUGUUCUGCAGUGUCUGGGUCUCCUUCCUCCCCACGUACCAGAGCACCAAGGGGAAGAUGAUGGCAGCCAUGGAGAUCUUCUCCAUCUUAAGUUCCAGUACUGGAUUACUAGGCUGCAUCUUCAUCCCCAAAUGCUAUGUGAUCCUUCUGCAGCCCCACAAGAACACCAAGAAAACUUUAAAGAAUAACUUCAGUUCCUAA